ACUACCAUUUUUCUCCUUCUUUGUUUACAUCGACAAAAUCAGAAAACAAAACCUAAAGCCCUUUCUGCCUCUGUUGAAGCAGCUGUCACCGAUCUCCGAUCGAUCUCUUCACAAACUGUAUUGAGUCUCUCCGGCCACCGUCGAUCACGAUCCUCCGAGUCAGGUCCAGCAGAUGGAUGCCACCAAGUACCAUACCGCCAGGCUCCAUACCUCCAGGAGCCACACGUUGUACAAGCGCUUUAUUUUUGCACGCAAAUAACUACAGCCAGCAAACUCUCGAUGCAUUGCUGAGUGCUCCUGAAAGAGAAUCUCAGCCACACCUCCACCCGAGAAAACUCAAUGGAGCUUUAUGGGACCAUGGAGGAACUGAUAAGACGUUCCUGAUGAGAGGACAGAUAUUUGGUGGCAAACUUUUGUGGUAAUUAAUGUUUCUAUACCCUAAGUCAACAAUAUUAUCCAACUAACUUACAAACUACUAAUUUCUCUUCUCCCUUUUUUUGCUGCUCCUACUCCUGCAGUAAGUGAUUUUCUCUAGCUACUCGAUUGCUUGUAAGUGAUUGGUAACUCUGCAGUAACUUUAAAUGUUGUUCACAAAUGCUCUCCUUUCAACUGGUGUUCUUAUCUGCAGUAAGUUAUAUAAUUUACUGGUGUUGUUAUCUGCGGUGGUACCAUCUCACAGUGGGAGGAUCUUCGAUACCGGGGGACAAAACUACAUACGUGAGCGAGGGGAGAGCUCAGCUGGUGCAGUGCAAAGAAUCUCUCUUGAACGCCAAAUGACUUCUGUACAAGAGCAGCUGGCCACUGUGGUUGAGUUUAUGAGGCAAUAUAUGCCUGAAGGUAACGCAAACACUUUCCCCUCUGCUCAGCCAACUUCUGCAACGGGUGCGUCGGUCACUGGCCCAACUCAAGGCAACAUCAGGGAGAACGGUGAAGAAAAUCCUGAACCUGCGACUGAACCUCCAGAAAUGGCUGAUGUCCAUCGAAGUCAUCCCACUAAUGUCCCUGAUGAGUCUCAUGAGCAAGAAGAAGAUGAAGAUGUUGUUCUCCCACCUUUCUUUACUCAAUCUACCUAUUUAGAACUCUUUCUUUUCUCUACCGGCUUAAAAAACUGUUUUAUUUUCUUCAUGUUUAAAACUCUGUUUUAUUUUCUGUAAUUGGAGCUUUUGAAAUUUUGUUUUGCAAUGAUAUUUGCAGGUUAAUUGUGAUUUCAGUAGCUUUUUAUAAAUUUUGA